UGUAAGAAAUGAGGAACCGAAAUGAGAAGAAGAAAGUCAUCAGGGGAACAACAUCUGUCUGAACGAGGGCCAUGCAGCAGAAAGGUCUAUUUUAAUGUAAUGGCGGUCGUUCCUGCUUAACUGGACUUGUUCAUCUUUGUGUACUUUCUGGAAAGUCGUGGUGUUUAACGAAGAUGGAAGAGGGAAAAAGCAUCGGUUCCUUGACUGAACAAGUGCUGAACAGGCUGUCAAAGAUGUUGGACAACUCCAUCUGCGGAUGGAGGCAGCUGGCAAACGCUGUGUCCGAGCAGCCGAGAUUCCGCUGCAGUGAGAGUGAGCUGACCUGCUGCUCCCUCCAGGUGCUGAGCGCUGCAGGCAGCCCGGGACGCACUGUCCUCGCUCGGCUAGCCGAUCGUUCCUGCUCCCUGGACUUCCUGCUGCACUGCCUGAGGAAGAUAGACCACCAUGAAGCUGUGCACUAUCUCACGUACACAGAGGCAGAGCUGAUCCAGAUCACAUUGCAGCCACAGAACCAGCAGGCCACAGUGGGGGGGCGGGUGGUGUUGACCUGCAGAGCCAGCGGCCCCCCGGGACUCAGCUACCAGUGGUUCAGAGGCAAAGAGGAAAUUUUGGAUGAGACAGGCAGUACAGCAGAGCUGGUUCUGUGUCCUUCAGCCCUCGUCCACCAGGGUCCAUACAUCUGUCGGGUUCACCACAGAGAAAACGUUGUGUUCUCCCAGUGGGCUCAUGUUCGCUUCGUCCAGUCUGCAGGGUGCAGCAGCACUUUGUUUCCCGGGUCUGUGAGUGGGCUGCAUGUCAUCAUCCAGCCUAAGUCCAAAUCAGUGUCUGAGGGCGACACUAUGCUGCUGGAGUGCAGUGCAGAGGCCAACCCCCCUGCUCAGUACCAGUGGUUCCACAACAUGGAGCCCCUGACACAACACAAGACUCGAUCACUCAAAAUCCCAUGUGUUACCACAGCACAGAGAGGACAGUACAAAUGCAAGAUGUUCAACCUGUAUCACGAGGCGUGGAGUGACACAGCAACAGUCACCAUUGGCCCCAGUUCCAUCACUGAGGCCUCCUGGGUGGAAGUUGAUCGUGGGCGAGGAAGUCCACAGGAAGUCCACAGGUCAACCUAUGGAGCAGGAAGUCAUCCACUACAACAGAUAGUCAAUGCGCCCCCACCAGCUAAACUAUUCUCUGCCACAGACAAAGUUGCUCUCCUGAUUGGCAACAUGAACUACCACUACCACACUCAGCUGUGCGCUCCCAUCGCUGACGUGCACGAGCUGACCAACCUGCUCAGACAAAUGGACUUCAAGGUGGUUUCCCUGCUGGACCUCAACUGGCAGGAGAUGCACAGCGCGGUCACAGAGUUCCUCUUGCUGCUCGACAAGGGAGUCUAUGGCUUGCUUUACUUUGCUGGUCACGGUUAUGAGAAUUUUGGCAACAGUUUCAUGGUUCCCAUCGAUGCACCGGCCUCCUACACAUCAGAGCACUGUCUGUGUGUUCAGAAUGUACUCACCAGGAUGCAGGAGAAAGAGACGGGACUCAAUGUUUUGCUGCUGGACAUGUGCCGCAAAAGAAACCUAAAUGAUGACAUUAUUGUACAACCAGGACUGCUCAAGGUGACGGCAAAUAUAGUGUUUGGAUAUGCCACAUGUGUUGACGCGGAAGCAUAUGAAGUGAAGAGGGAAGACGUGUCAAAUGGCAUUUUCAUAAGCUUCCUCAAACGGCGAGUGUGUGAAGAUGAGAAGGUCACCGUCAUGCUAGACAGAGUGGGUGAAGACAUGGGUCGUUGUCAGAUCACACAGGGGAGGCAGGCUCUGGAGCUGCGCAGUAAUCUGUCUGAACGACGCUCACUCACCGACCAGAUUCAAGACUCUGAAUGCUCUGCUUCACAUUCAGCCCGAAACCUGCAGUGGGUUGUCGCUCACGUCCUGCCAAAGAGCCGUUGCCUGGAGUUUGACUGUGGAGUGAAGGUCCAGCUUGGGUUUGCUGCAGAGUUCUCCAACAUCAUGGUCAUCUACACUCGGAUACUUGAGAAGCCCAAAGAAAUAGUUUCCUGCUGUGCUCAUCUUACAGACUUCCCUGAUGACGUGGCCAUUGAUCUGAAGAAGAGUAACCAGGAGACUCUUCUUGAAGCCGGCAGUUUGUUAUUGAUCAAUGAUAAUCUUCCUUCACCAGAGGUUCCCAGUCUCUACACGCGCAUCCGAUGCCUGCAGAGACUCAAGCGUGAGCUCACAUUCGCCGUUUGCCUCCAGUACACAUAUUCCAACAUGGAUGAGGAAAUUCAGGAGAGGCAAACAGUGUCAGUCGGCAAACCUCUGGUCUCCAAACUCAACCUGCAUGAGCCACGAACACCGAGCACCUCUUCUGCCUCCUCGUCCUUCAGCCUCGACUCCUUCGACGUUCCUGAGGUCUCCUUCUUUACCUCUGUUGGUUCAGCGUCAAAUGAUUGGUCCUAUCAGGCACAGACGGCCUCCACCACUCCAGCUUCAUCCAGAAGUGCCAAUGUGCCAGAGGAGACGGACUGUCAUGAAUUAUUUGACGCGCCUCAACCUCUUGUUGCCAGCAAAAGCUUGCCCCAUACCCAGAUAAAUGAUACAAACUUCAAAUUUAGUGACAUGUACAACUUUCAUUCUCACUAAGCAUUAUGAAAGCUAUGAUUUAACCUUUACAUAUGGUUAAUCAGCAGUACAAAACACACACAAAGAGAAAAGAUAGGGAGGAAAGCCUCUGACGGAAGUUAGGUUUUUUUAAAUAGUCUAUAGCUAUUAUGUUCACCCCAACUAUGCAUUAUGUUUUUUAAAUGUUUUAUAAAGAUUUUUUUAUAUUAAUUUGAUACAUUAUAAUGCAUUAACAAAGUAUACACUGCAGAUCGAGUCUGAUAUGUAUUCUGUUUGUAAGAAGAAAUAAAUAAACCAUAUUUAAGAUGAA